AUGGUCAAGGCACAGUUUGAGUCGAUGGAACCACCGCGGUUCCACCAAAGAGAAUUCCGCAUCAACAAGAAGAUUCUCCAGUGGCCUCCAUCUCCGCCGGCACCGGUGCUUCACUCGCCGACGAUUUUUUUCGUUGAGCCCGCGGCGGCCGCAGCAGCUGCAUCGGCUGGCAGCAACAAAACUCUGGACAGUUUAGCGGAACCUAAGCAGGAAGACCACACCAAGACGGUGGAGCUGCAGAAAGCUCUCGAGCCGUACAACGUGUUAGAGGACGAGUCCGAGCUGAACCACCGGAUGGAGAUUCUGUCCAAGCUGAACACGCUGGGCAAGCAGUGGAUGCGCAAUGUGUCCAUCUCGAAGAACAUGCCGGAAUUGCUGGCCGAGAAGCUCGGCGGGAAGAUCUACACUUUUGGGUCGUACCGGCUGGGCGUUAACCACAAGGGGGCGAAUAUUGACGCGCUGUGCGUGACGCCGCGCAACAUCGAACGGCAGGACUACUUUGGGUCGUUCUUCGAGCUGCUGAAGAAACAGCCCGAGGUAACGGGGAGCCGCGCCGUCGAGGAGGCGCUUGUGCCGGUCGUCAAGAUGAACUUUGACGGCAUCAAGAUUGAUUUGCUGUUUGCGCGGUUGGCGCUGAAGGAGCUUCCGCACAACUUUGACCAGCGCGACGAUAUGCUGCUGAAAAAUCUGGACCCCAAGUUAGUGCGCAGUCUGAACGGGUGCCGCGCCACGGACGAGAUCCUGCGGCUGAUGCCCAACAUUGACAACUUUCGGCUGGCGAAGAAGCAUGGAAUCUACUCCAACUCUUUGGGUUACGUUGGGGGUGUGUCGUGGGCUAUGCUUAUGGCCAGGACGUGUCAGCUCCCGAAUGUCGUCGCGGCCACGCAGGUGCACAAGUUCUUUAUGGUGUUUUCGCGCUGGAAGUGGCCCCAGUCGGUUUUCCUGAAGCGGCCGGACACCGUGAAUCUGGGCUUUCAAGUGUGGGAUCCGCUGGUGAACGUGCAGGACCGGUUCCACCUGAUGCCGAUCAUCACGCCGGCAUAUCCGCAGCAAAACUCGACCUUCCACGUCAACCCGAAGUGCUUCGAGCAGCAGGAGCAAAACCAAAAGGACGACGGCGGCGAGGGCGCAGACAACACUCUGGUCACUCUGGUUCCUGGGACUGUAGUUUGAGCGGUCAGAGAACCU